AUUUAAAGAGAGCUCAUCGACCUGCCAUCAUGCCAGAUUUCUUCCCAACCAGCAUCAUUCAUUUGUGGACAGUGGACGUUGAUCGCACAUUGAACCAACCCAGCCGACCGAUUGUCCUUCCUUACCCCCUCACCAAAUAACAUCUUUUCACCAUGAAGCUUUCCCUUCUCUCCCUUGCCACUUUGGCUUCCGCUGCCAGCCUCCAGCGCCGCAGCGACUUCUGCGGUCAGUGGGAUACCACCACCGCCGGUGAUUUCACCCUGUACAACGACCUUUGGGGUGAGAGCGCCGGCACCGGCUCCCAGUGCACUGGAGUCGACUCCUCCAGCGGCGAUACCAUCGCUUGGCACACCAGCUGGUCCUGGUCCGGAGGUAGCAGCAGCGUCAAGAGCUAUGCCAACGCCGCUCUGACCUUCACCCCCACCCAGCUGAACUGCAUCUCCAGCAUUCCUACCACCUGGAAGUGGUCAUACUCCGGCUCUAGCAUCGUUGCCGACGUCGCGUACGACACAUUCCUGGCCGAAACCGCCAGCGGCUCUUCCAAGUACGAGAUCAUGGUCUGGCUCGCGGCCCUGGGCGGUGCUGGCCCCAUCUCGUCGACCGGAUCGACCAUCGCCACCCCGACGAUUGCCGGCGUCAACUGGAAGCUGUACUCCGGCCCCAACGGUGACACCACCGUCUACAGCUUCGUCGCUGACUCGACCACCGAGAGCUUCUCCGGUGACCUGAACGACUUCUUCACCUACCUGGUCGACCACGAGGGCGUGUCCGAUGAGCUGUACCUGACCACCCUCGAGGCGGGUACCGAGCCCUUCACUGGCUCCGACGCCAAGUUGACCGUCUCCGAGUACAGCGUCUCCAUUGAGUAAAUCAAACGUUGAGUGUUACGGAUGGCCGACCGUGUUGCGUGGACGGAGCCU